AUGGGUGCGAAAAUUGUGAAACUGAUCAAUGAAGACUCUAGCGUUGAGGACAACGAUUUUGACAGAAUUAGAGAUCUGGAGGAAGGAGAGGAUUCCUCGACUUGGGAUAGUUCAACGUCGUCUAAUGGAGAAGAGGAAGAAGAGGAUUACUGUACUUCGGAAUACAAGAUGGCAUCGUGCCCCCAGGAUCCGUACAUUGUUGAAAAGAGAUUUGUGGCCGGAUCGAACGAAUUCUUCUACAACAUUGUCAAGAGAAAAUAA